CUCGCGCCCCCUGCCGGCAGGACCGCUAAGCUCACCCGGCACCGGUGAGCUUAGUAGGUCUGAGCUGUCAGACGUUUGUUGAUGGCCUCGGAGCCACCCCUUGAGAAUGACUCUUCCAGCUAGACUCCUCGUCCCAAACUGACGUUUAGGAUCAUGGCCUAUAAAAUGCUUCAAGUGGUCUUGUGUUCAACACUGCUUAUAGGAGCCUUGGGAGCACCAUUUUUGUGGGAAGACCCAGCAAACCAGUUCCUGCAUCUCAAAAGACAAAUACACUUGCAGGAUUACGGGGACCCAGAUCACAAUGCAAAUAUAUGGGGAAACUGGCUGAUCAGACAAGCUCGUGAAACAUGGACUAAUUUGAAAACAAAUGCACAAUAUUAUCUGAAUGUGAACACCUACACCAUCGACAAGUCUACUGCCCCAUAAAUGUGCUUUACUUGUUAAACCAGGAAAGAAGAAAUGGUGGAGCCAGCAUGGCAUCAUACAAAAACCACAGGCUUCGGCGACCUGGAGACAAAUCCAUGCCAUUCACUAGAUUAUUUAUUAUGUCUGUCUCACAGAAGUGGUGAAAGGAGUAACUGAAAAUUCACAGAAACCUAGAAUUAGAAAUUUCCAAUAAAUGGAAGCUUUUAAAACAAGAACUAAAGAUAACAGUAAUAGCAUUUAUCUAAAAAUAGGCUUUUAUAGAAAAAGGAAAUCAAAAGCAUAAAAGAGUAUCAUUAAAACUCUGUUCAUAGCUCUUGCAUUCUACUGUCUUCUUGAGAGAGUCUGUGCAAUUUUUUUUUUAAUUUAUUUCACUGUAUGCAUAUAAGAGCUGGGGUGUAGG